UGGGCGUGGCCAGCGCCUCAGCGGCCGGGCGCCGCUCGGCCGGAGGCCACGCCCUUUUGGAACGUUCCGCGGUUUUGAUACAUUUCAGGUUCCAUUGAGGGGGGGAAAAAAAGCAGCCGCCGUUGAAGAAGCAGCAGCCGGAGGAGAAACUGGACGUGCGGGGGGUGGAUUCGACAACAAAGCCGGGCAGCAGUAGAAGAAGAAGAGCGGGGAGGAGGAACAGCCGCAGCGGGAGGGAGAGGCGGAGGCGCGGGCGCGCUGGCUGGAGCCCGAGCCGGGCAGGGACGGAGGCGCUGGGCGAGCAGCCCUCCUCCUGGCCAGCCCCGGGAGCGCCGGGCGGGCAUGAGAGCCGCGUGCCAGCCGCCCCCCGCCCACCUGCCUCCGCAGCCGCCGGGAGACGAAGCAGCCGCCGCCGCCGCCACCGCCGCCGCCGCCCCGCGAUGUCUAGGAGGAAGCAGAGCAACCCGCGGCAGAUCAAACGCACCUUUGGUGAAAUGGAGGAAGGAGAAGAAGGUCCUUUGGAGGAGAACAGCCAACUUGAAAAGGAAGGAGGUGCUUCCAACCGUGAAGGCUCCGUGGAAGGCGACUCCUCCAGCUCCUCCUGCAGCGAAAAGGCAGAACCUAAAGAAAACUCGGAGAGUCCAAAGGAACCGGACCAGCCAGAAGUACCCGAGGAGCUGCAGGAACCGGAUGUAUGGAAUGGACCAGGUGAGCUGGAGCUGCUGACAGCCGAGGGCGAGAGCAAGGUGUGUGCUAGAAAGGACUUGCCCGAGGGAGUGUCUUGGGGGCCACUCCAGGGGAACAUCCACAGCGAGCCGCCUUCUCCGGGGCACAGUGAGCUGCCUAACCCACCCGUGGCCCUGAUGCUGGAGGAGGACAGCUGCUGGCUGUCGAAACUGCCUUUGGUUUCUGGAGAAGGAGAUGCCAACGCCGUGAUCUACAAGAAGGAGGAUUCGAUCUGGUGCAAGACUACCAAGACCAUCUCGGAAGGCGAGGCGCUGUGUGCAUUCCUCAUGGCUGAGCCCCUGGGCAUUCCCAACCACACCGUGAAGUCCGAGCCCGGAGACCCUGCGUACCCGGCCGUGCCGCCCCCCGAGAUCCAGCUCCUGCCGCAGCAAGCGGGCAUGGCGGCCAUCCUAGCCACGGCCGUUGUGAACAAGGACAUCUUCCCCUGCAAGGACUGUGGCAUUUGGUACCGGAGCGAGCGGAACUUGCAAGCGCACCUCAUGUACUACUGCGCCAGCCGCCAGAACGCCGCGUCGCCCGCGGUGGACGAGAAGCCCAAGGAGGCCUACCCCAACGAGCGCGUCUGCCCUUUCCCGCAGUGCCGGAAGAGCUGCCCCAGUGCCAGUUCCUUGGAGAUCCACAUGCGCAGCCAUAGUGGAGAGAGGCCGUUUGUGUGCCUCAUCUGCCUGUCCGCCUUCACCACCAAAGCCAACUGCGAGCGCCACCUGAAGGUCCACACAGACACGCUGACGGGCGUCUGUCACAGCUGUGGCUUCAUUUCCACCACCCGGGACAUCCUCUACAGCCACCUGGUCACGAACCACAUGAUCUGCCAGCCAGGCUCCAAGGGGGAAGUCUAUUCUCCUGGCACUGCGAUUCCUGCUCCUCCCAGCAAGCCCCUCACCCCAGGCUUGAGCACGCCAGGCCCGGCCCCCACCCUCAAGUGCAGCUUCUGCGGCUACGUGACGGACAGCCUGCCCAGCCUCCAGCAGCACGUCGUUCUGCACAGCGCCGCCGCCGCCGAAGCCAAGGUUGGGACGAUCCAGCCGGACGGCCCUGCCAAGCCAGCCCAGCCGGGAGGGAAGGCGUCCCGGGCUGAGGCAGAGGAGGAUGGCUCCCCUCUCCAAGAAGAAAGCUCCUUGGCUGACGGGGUGGUGUCGGUGCAGAUCAAGGAGGAGCCCGAAGACGAGGGGGAGGCCCCCCCCAGCAGCUCCCCAGCAGGGCCCGCCGCGGAGCCGGAGCCGGACACUUCCUCCCGGGCGUCCUCGCCGCACAGCUUGCCCUCCGUGAAGGUGAAGUCCGAGAUCGCCAGCCCCACGCCGGGGUCCAGCCCGGUGCCCAGCGAACCGGGGUCGGGCGCUGCGGGCGGCACCCUCUUCCUCCCCCAGUAUGUGUUUGGCCACGAGGCCACGGUGGUGCCCCAAGCCUCGGAGAUCUUGGCGAAGAUGUCGGAGUUGGUGCACAGCCGCCUGAAGCAGGGCCACGGUGGGGUGCCCCCCGCCAUCUUCCCCGGGGCGCCAGUGCCCAAGGGCGCCACGUGCUUUGAGUGCGAGAUCACGUUCAACAACAUCAACAAUUACUACGUCCACAAGCGGCUGUAUUGCUCCAGCCGCCGCGUGGCAGAGGACAGCCCUCCCGGCCCCCGCAAGCUUAAGGCGGCCCUCCCGGCGGCCCCCAAGGGGCCCCCCACGCCCGGAGUGCUCCUUCCGUCCCUGCCGCCGGGGGAUAGCCAGGCGCCGCUGGGGGGGGACGCGGGGAGCGGAGUCACGCCGCCUGCCUCCGAGGUCAAGCAGGAGGUCAAGGUGGAGGAGGGUGGAGCUAAAACGAGCCCCUCCCCUGAGGCCGACAGGCUGGGCCGGGUCAGCGAGGACAGCCAGAGCCCCGGCGGCAGCUCCGUGGAGGACCCCGACGACGACCCCAGCCGGACGGUCUGUGAGGCCUGCAACAUCCGCUUCAGCCGCCACGAGACCUACAUGGUGCACAAGCGCUACUACUGUGCCUCCCGCCACGACCCCCCCUUGCGCCGGUCGGGCGCCGCCGGGAAAGUGCCCUUCCUGCCCCAGCCCAUCCGCCCCCGCAAGCGGCGCAAGCUCUACGAGAUCCACGGCGGCCCCGGCCAGCUCGGCGGCCCCUCCGACAGCCCGCGCCCCGAGGCGCCCCCGCCGGCCCCGGCCCUGGCCCUCCUCUCCGUGGCCAAGGCCGCCCCUUCGCCCAGCUCCAGCCCCGAUGCGGACGGCCCCAUCGACCUGAGCAAGAAGCCCCGGCUGCACGGCGGGGAGGUCUCGGUGCUGCCGGCCGCGCUGCUGCCCCUGGCGGACUACCACGAGUGCACGGCCUGCCGCAUCAGCUUCCACAGCCUGGACAGCUACUUGGCCCACAAGAAGUACUACUGCCCCGCCACGCCCUUGCAGCCCAGCACCCUGGAGCAGCUGCAGAAGAUCAAGGCGGGGGCGGCCCCCGGGCUCCUGAAGCCUCGCGGCAGCCCCGACAGGCUGGGCGAAGAGCCCGAGGCGGGGGCCGUCCAGGCGGAGAAGGCGGCGCCUCCCCUGAGCCCCCCGGCGCCGCCGGCUGCCUUUCCUGGCCUGGACCCUCUUCAGCAGCGUUACCUGGAUGCCAAAGCCCUCCACCUGCCGGGGGCCAAGCUGCCCCUCGCGGCCUGCCCCUACUGCCCGCUCAACGGCUCUUUCAAGGGGGACUUGGUGGAGCACUUCCGCAACGCCCACGGCUUCUUGGUGGCCAAGACGGUGGCCGGCGCCACGUUGAUCGAGGCCCCCCGGACGCUGGCCGAGAACAGCUUGCUCCCCCCGCUGCCUGCGGCCUCCCCGCCACAGCCCCUCCCCAGACCGUGCAAGGACAGCUUCAACGGCAAGGAGCCCCCCGUCCCUUCGGUCUCCAACGGCAGCCCACGGCCCACCGUCUCCCCACGGCCCCUCCUGCCCAUCUCCCCUCCCGCCCCGCUGGCCGUCUCCCCCGGGCCUGAGGCCGCCCCCAACGCCGCUCCCCGGUAUACGGACAAAAGUGUGCAGACCCCGCCCGGCAAAGGCCCCCCUGCCCCCGUGGCCAACGGCAACCACCGGUACUGCCGCCUCUGCAACAUCAAGUUCAGCAGCCUCUCCACUUUCAUUGCCCACAAGAAGUAUUACUGCUCCUCACACGCCGCCGAGCACGUCAAGUAAGGUCUGGCUGGGGCCCAGGUGUGGUUUGCCCGCUCAGGGGCAAGGCCCCUUGCUGGCUACUGGGGCUGCUGGGCUCCCGAGCAUCUGCCCAAGACGGACUCCUCUGCCAGCCCGAGCUCUGCAGCCUGGAAUUGGGGCAGGGUGGGGCGGAGCGGGGCAAGCAGGCUGCUGGGCAGAGAUGGGGAGGUGUGGGCUGCCCCAUGGAGCUGCGAGGAGCUGGCGAAGCCGGGUGGGGUGGGAGUGUCUUUUCUCCAGUGCAUAGGCACAGUGGCUCAGGCACACACACACACAGGCCCCCAGCCCAAGCCCUAGGAAGCCUGUCGGGGACUUCCUUCCCGUUUUCCCACUGGGGAGUGGGAAGCACCACCACUCCUGUGAUUCCUGAGCCUGGCUUAACCAGGGCCGGUGUUGGCAACCCUGGUCGCCAGAUGCUGCUGGGCAUGAUGGGAGUUGGGGUCCGAGACCAUCUGGGGCUCCAGGGUUGGGGGCCCCUGAACUCACGGCCAUCUGGUCUGGGACCCAAACAGUGCAGACAACAUUUUCUAGAGCUGCAGCCGGAGAACUGGGAACUGCCAUUAAGUGCUCGGAUCCACGGCUGCUGAAUGUGUGGAGUCCUCCUCCUCAGCUUUUCUAGGGCCCUCCUCAAAAGAGCUCACUGUGCUGCCCCCCCCCCUUUUCUUUUCUUUUUUUGCAGUCUGAGGUCUCUUCUCUUUCAGUGUCCCUUUCUCCUAAGGUUUCCCCAGAUCUGACCCCUGUUAAACGAACAGGCCUUCCACUUUGCAGGGAGAAACCUGAACCCAACGCAAGCUUCUUCUGGGUCAACGGUCCAUGCCUUGGGGUUUCGUUCUCAGGCCCAGCAGCUGGCUUGGGGGGGUUGUGUUUUCCUUGAGCAUAUCCGUGCAUUACAACCAAGCCAGCCACUGUGUCCCUGCGAUCAGAGUUUCCAAGAGAGAGGGUGUGAUGUCCAGGGAAGUGUGGGUCCCUGUGCCUCUCCGCGGAGAAACCAAACCUACGCAGCUGCCUUGUACCUUAGAGGUAGCUCUCUAGGGUCAGAAGGGUGGAUCUGCCUGCAAUAUUGCCAUCUGGCAUGGCUUGGUCCUGCUUCCUUCCGUAUGCAUACUCAGUGGGGCUUUUCAGCCCAGCACAGCCCCAAAGCCUUCUCUGCUCCCCUCCCGCUCGGGAGAAGCGUCUGCUGUGGGCCCGCUCUCCUUGUCACCUUACGAGGACAUCGCCAAGUCUUGAGUGGAUGCUGGAGGCCAGAGUGUGGCUCUCUGGGGCCGCCCUGGGGAGGGAUCCCUUGCACUAGGAAGGAAGGUGGGUUGCCCCCCUCCCCUUUCCAGGCAGGCAGCAGGGUGGCUGCCAUCGUCUGGGGGUCCCUUUCUGCUCAGUAGCGAGGGGGAGGCGUUGGGUAGAGUCUGCCUUUGGGCGCACAUUUCUCCCGUUCCCAAAUUGUCGUCCGGUGGGUUGAUGUAGAAUUGGUGUGGACUGGAACUGAAAUGCAAACGACAGCACUGAAGAGAGGAGGGGAAGCCCUCCACUUGGGAAUCGUGUGUAUAAGUGUGUACAGAAAUAAAUGUCUACCAAAUCGAG